CCUCCGGGGCGGAGCUGCCGAUUUGCCGGGUCCUCGACCAGGCUGCCUCCGGCCAUGCAGCGCGCAUGGACCAGCGCGCCCGGCGUGCCCGCGGUGGCGCCGGCGGACGGACUAGCGCGCGGUGUCUCGCAGGGCCCGGCGGCGCCAGCGGUGCAGCCGGUGCAGCCCGCGCCGCUGCCUCGCACGCGCUCCCUGGCGCAGGACGAGGCCGCCCGCGGCGAAGCCGGCCGGCACAUCCUCGCCCUGGCCCUCGGCGCCGCCCUGGGCGUGGCCGCGGCGCCGGCCGAGGCCGCCGCGGCCGCGGCCGCGCAGGCCGCGCCGGGCGUCGCGGGCCCGUCCCGCGCUGUGCCGCCGGUCACCCUGGAGGGGCAGCUGCGUAUCAUCGUGGCUGGUCUCAUGGGCUCCGGGAAGAGUACUCUGUGCAGGAUGCUGCGCCAUCUGUUCGGAGGCACGUGGGUGAAUCAGGACGAGUUCAGCCACCUGGGCAAGGGCGCGAAAAAGGCCUUCCUCGCCGAAGUCAAAAGGGCGGCCGGUGACAAGCAGACCCAGGUACUGCUCGUUGACAAGAUCAACACGCUGCGGCAGCACCGCCAGGAGAUCCUGGACGCGAUGGACGCUGGCCUCCGAGGCGAGGCCGUGCUCGUGGAGGUGCGCCACCCGGCGGACCCGGAGGGCCGCUGGGAGCACACAGCGGAGCUGUGCCAGGCGCGGAUCGAGGCCCGCGGCGAGCGGCACCGCACGCUGAAGGGCAGCCUGGGCAUGGGCAAGGUGCGCGGGAUCCUGCAGGGCACCCUGAGGGACGCGCAGCCCUUCACGGACGCCGAGCUCGCGCGGCUCCGCGCGCGCCUCCGCGCGGCGGCGGACCUUGGCGCCCGUCGAGGCCGCCCGGCGCGCCGCGCGCGAGCUCGGCGCCCUCGGCGUCGUGUCGUGGAGCCCCGGCGCCGCCGAGGAGGAGCAGCGGCUGCAGGACUCCGGGCCUUCCGGGCCGCCAUGGCGGCCGAGGCCGACCUGGGCGGGGCCGCGCCCCCGGCCGUCGCGGGGCCCCCGCAGGGCGGCGCGGCCUGCCGAGGCGGCGCGGCGCGGCACCCCCAGGGAGCCGCGGGCGGCGCGCCGGGGCAGGGCGCGCCCGAAGGAGGACAGCGGAGCCCCUGGAUCGUCGAGGUGGCGCUGGACGCGGACACGCAGAGGCGGCUGCGCGAGCUCUGGGCGGGCUUCUCGACCGCGGAGCCGACGCUGGCUCUUAUAGACGACCCACACGUCACCCUCCUCUACCUCGGCGGCGGCUCCGACAAGGAGGUCGCCGAGCGCUCGCCAAAGAUUGGCGACCCUGCGCGGGUGCAGCGGCUCAGGCUGCGCCCUCGUCUCGGCAGUGUCUCGGGUGCUGGCCGCGUUGCGUGCCCCAGGGGGCGGGAUGUUCCGUGGCGCCGUGCCGAGGUGUGUGGGGGGCCAUUUGUGCGUGCUUGGUUAAGCCUUUUUUUCUGGGUGUGCUGGUUCCCAGGCAGCUCCUUGAGUUGUCGGAGCUGGUGGGUGUGAGUGCUCGAGCAGCCUGUCUACUUUCCAGCCCCGCGGUGCUUGUCCAGCAGACCGUCGUGAUUAGUUACCAGGCAGCCCCGUCCUCCCACUCCUCGAGCUGCAGUCCUACAUGCGCAGACUGCAUAGCUGCUCGUGAGAUCCCGAUUGCACUUAUACGCAGUGUCCUGUAGUUCGUUUCUAUCCAGGAUCAAUCCGUCGUGCUGUCAUCGCAGAUACGCGAGGAGGCUUCAUUCAUUUGCCAGGGCUGGAGGUGG